CUUGGGCCGUCUUGGGCUGCCGAAGCAAAUGCCAACAUAUUUCAAAGACCCAAUCCGUAGCCAUUUUGGCCCAAGCCAUUUUGUCUCACGGCAUUUCGGACCGACCCGACAUUGGGUAAACUUGCCGAAGCGGUGAGGCUUCUCGCAGCGACAUGGGCUCUGCGCGCGGUGCGGACGACCACCUGCCACGCCGCUGCUUUGGCCGCUUCACCCUCGAGGACCAGGACCAGACCCCCCCCUCGGACGACUGGCUCUUCAGGAACCCCAGCGACCUCGGCGCAUACCCGAGGCGCGCGGCGUGGGCGCCGCCUGCGGCGGCGCCGACGCCACGCGUGCGGCGGCCGCCGGGGCUGCGCGGGGCAGCCGCGGCCAGUCGCUCUGCCGAGGCCGGCACGCCCGCGGGCGGCACCGGCGGGGCCAGCACGUCCUCUUCCUCGCCUGGCGGCGGCACCGGAGCCAGCACGUCCGCGACCAGCUGAGCGCCUCGGGCAUCGAUCGCAUGUAUCAUUGCCCCGGAGAGUGUGUCGUGAUGUGAGACUUCGGGAGCCUUGAGACGGGGGUCAAUACAGACGGGGGUCAGCCAAGGCGCCAGAUCCUGCAGGAUCCUGCGAAGACCCCCUCUGGCUGACCCGGGUUAGGGAGCCGCUCGUGGCCGCGAGGCGGCCGCACAUGUUGACUGACCCGGGUUUGCGAAGAUCUGCGUUGCAGUUUUUGUUUCCUGCAUUGCAGUUUUUGGUUUCCUGCUGACCCGGGUCUGGAUUGACCCGGGUCAGAAGAUCCCCGAUGAGACCGCGGCCAGACAUCGAAAAUAAUUGCCCAGGGCAGCAUGUGAUCGCACGCCGAGAGCUGGCCUUGGCGCCGGGUCCUUUGGGUCUGGGUUUCCAGCGGAAGGUGCAAGGCGGAUAGCGUGCGCUUCCCCCCUCCCCUCAAACAGAAGCCUCCCCCUCCUCAUCCCCACCGAUCCCUCCUCCUCCUCACACUGCUUUUCUCUGCGGGCCUCGUAUGCUCGCCCAUGCUAGGUUUGGCCCUCGCGCCUUUCCGUGCCUUCGUCUGUGUGCCAAACUGGCGCAUCUGAGACGUCUUUGCUGCGGGCCUCGUGUGCUCGCCCAUGCUAGGUUUGGCUCUUGCGCGUUUAGCGCGUGCCCUUAUCAGUGUGCCAAAACCCGAGGUGAUUGUAUGCUCCUUUGAAAGCGAUCUCUGCCAUCAUCGCAGGACCAUUUAACGCUUCAUCGGAUGCUUCUGUUAGUGCCGUGUCGGGGCAGACAGGCUUCACUCUGAAAGAGGUCCAGAAAAGGUCUUUGGUAGGUUUUUGAUACUACAUGUUCAGAGGUCCAAAACAGGUCUGAAACAAGGUAUUCCAGUUUCGCUGUGUGCCCUUGGAGGUUCUUCAUUGCGUUGCCAA